GAACAGUGAAUGUUGAACUCAAAAUCCGACCGAAACGAAAGCAACCCCACUUCGAUUUCGGCUUUCGUUUCCAUCAAAUUAGGUCAGAUUUCAUCAUCGUUUUAGUUCGAUUCUUCUUCUCCUACAGGUGGCUGGUCUGUUUCCAGAUAAAGAAAUUUCAAAUCGCCAUGGAUUUCACAAACUAGAUUGGAUUCAUCGAUUAUGCUAAUAUGGGUUCUGUUCAUGAGUUCUUGUUUGAAAACCUGUGUCUUCUUGCAUCCGCCUAUUUGAUUCCAUUGUUUCUUUAUCUCAUAAGAUAUAGGAGGAAUUUGGGGUUUAAGGAGAACAAAUUUGGGGAUUCGAGAGUUGUUUUAGCAGAAACCUAUGAACAGAUUGAGUUGAACAGAAGAUUGGGAGAAGGAGAGGAUCAAGAAUUUGUUGAAUUUUUGUUUAAGUUUCCGAAUUUUGAAGAGUUUAAUGGAGGCAAGAGAGAUGUUGAAUCUUCAUCUGUUGUUGAGAUGUGUUUUGAUGAAUUUGAAGCAGGUGAUUAUGGAUUUUCGUCACGAGCGGAUGAAAACCUGGAUGAAUUCGAAGAUGAUUUUGAAGAAAAAGAAGCUCUCCAUGAAGAUUUAAGUGAGAAAGUUGAUCAGAAAGCAGAUGAACAGAAGUUUCAUCAAGAAAGUGUUUAUUCAUAUGUGAAUUCACACACAGAUUCAAUUACUUCAAAGAAUAUUCAUUUAUCAAYCAGUAAUCCAGUUGAUGCAUAUGGUGGUGAUAAUGAUGAUUCCAAAGAUGAUUUCAAAGAAAAAGAAGCUCCCCAUGAAGAAAAACUCCAAAAUUCAAACAAGAAAGUUGGUCAGAAAGUUGAUGAACAGAAGUUCCAUCAAGGAACUGUUUAUUCAUCAAUGAAUAAAGACUCAGAUUCAAUUACUUCAAACAAAUUUCAUCCAUCAACCAGUGAUGCAUAUGGUGAUGGUGAUGAUUUUGGCACAAAAUCAGUAGAUAUACAAGAAUCUGAAGAAAAAACCGCGGAUUCCAACACCAAAAAUCUGUCAAAUGAUUCAAGAAACAAGUUGGAAUCUUUAAUGGAACAUCAAGAACUGAUCAAACAGCUGAAAAUGGAGAUCAAGAAGGUUAAAGUUACGGGAUUGCCAACCAUUUUCGAAGAAUCAGAAUCACCUCCGAAGAUCGUGGAGUUUCAGCCAUGGAAGAAGAUACAGGAAUCAUACCAGGAUGUUGGACAUAAGUGGAAUGAAGUUCAUAAGUUCUACAAAAUCUACAAAGAGAGAAUGCAAAAAUUCGACAUUCUCAGUUACCAGAAAAUGUAUGCCACAGGUUUCUUGCAGCUAAAUGAUCCUUUUCAAUCGGUUUCGAGCUCAAGAUCUUUAGUCCCGGAAAUUACAACACAUCUUUGCGUACGUUUUUCAUCAACCAAAGUCAAGAAACGCGAUAGAAACCCCAAGAGAAAGUUCAUCAAAGAACUACAGAGCGAUCUAGAAGUUGUGUACAUUGGACAAAUGUGUUUAUCUUGGGAAAUCCUUCGUUGGCAAUAUGAAAAGGUUUUGGAAAUAUGGGAAUCGGACCCGCAUGGAGUUCAUCAAUUUCACGAGGUUUUUGGUGAGUUUCAAGGGUUUCUGGUUUUGAUGCAAAGAUUUCUAGAGGAAGAACCGUUUCACGGUCCACGGGUUCAGAACUACAUCAAGACUCGUUGCGUUUUUCGUAAUCUUCUUCAAGUUCCCGUUGUUAGAGAAGACGGUUCGAAGAACAGAAGAAAGACAAGAAUUCAAGCGGAUGGAAAUGGCAUGUGUUGUGACAUGCUAGUCGAGAUUCUAGAAGAAUCCAUAAGACUCUUCUGGCGCUUCAUUCGUGCCGAUAAGGACACACGAAAAACGCCAAUAGAGUUUCAGAAACCCGAGGAUUCCCGCCUCUUCAUGCAGGUUCAAAAGGAUUUACACAAGAAGGAAAGGAAGUUGAAAGAGCAAUCGAGGAGUGGAAAUUGCAUACUGAAAAGGUUUAAAAGGUGUAAAGAAAAUGAGUCAGAUGAUCAAGUGUUACGGUUUUUGUGUCAAGUAGAUUUGAAACUAGUGGCAAGGGUACUACAAAUGUCUAAAUUAACCUCACAUCAGUUAUUUUGGUGCCAGAAUCAACUUAAAAAAGUUAGGUUUUUUAAUAGAAAGAUUCGUGUAGAACCCUCGUUUUUGCUCUUUCCUUGUUAGUUUUUUUAUGUUCGUUUUGUCAAAAGUAUAAAGGUAGCGUCUCGUAUCCAAACUGGAUUGGAUUGGAUUGGAUUGAACUGGAUGAACUUGAUCAGACUGGAUCAGACGAAUUAUCUAUCAGAUGUUUGAUACGAUUAAGACAAGACAUAACAGUUUUUG